AUGGCCCAGCGGCACCACCAGGACCCUGUGGAGGACCAGGUUGCAGCCGUUGAUGCUCCACACCCCAUUGAACCCGGGCAGGAGCUCCACGGGGUCGCCCAGCUCACCUCUCCCUGUGGGGCUGGGCAGACUAUUUUUGGUGGGUUUUCUGACCCUCUCAGUCAGGGCAGCUCAUUUGCAAUGAAGACCAUGAGGGUCAUGAAGGCCAUGAAGGCUGUGAAGGCCAUGAGGAUCAUGAAGGCCAUGAAGGCAAUGAAGGCCAUGAAGGUCAUGAAGGCUGUGAAGACCAUGAGGGCCAUGAAGGCCAUGAAGGCAGUGCUGUUGCCGCCCCGGCCCCGGCCUGAGGCGGAGCCCCCUCUACCCGCAGGGAGAGCCGCCCUUCCCGGGCAGUUCUGGGACGUGGUGGCGGUGACGGCGGCGGACGCGGAGCAGGGCCGGGCCUACCGGCGGCAGCUGGCGGAGAAGCUGAGGGGGAAGGAGCUGCCGCUGGGCGCCCGCUACCAUGUCUUCGUGGAUCCCCCCGGCCACAAGAUGGGAAACGGUGGGUCAACGCUUCAUGUUCUUCAAUGCCUGGAAGAUCUGUAUGGUGAUAAAUGGACUUCUUUUAUUGUGCUGCUGAUUCACUCUGGUGGUUACAGUCAGCGUUUACCAAACGCAAGCGCCCUGGGGAAGAUUUUCACGGCUUUGCCUUUUGGCGACCCCGUGUACCAGAUGUUGGACCUGAAGCUGGCCAUGUACAUCGACUUCCCCGCUCGCAUGAAACCGGGCGUUCUCGUUACGUGCUCAGACGACAUAGAGCUGUACAGCACGGGGCCCACAGAAACCAUCACCUUCGACAGACCGGGAUUUACCGCGCUAGCUCACCCUUCGGAUCUGACAGUGGGCACCACUCACGGAGUGUUUGUUCUGGAUCCAUCCAGCUUUUCAGGAGAAGGAGGCGUUGAAUACACGUCUUGCCAUCGUUUCCUGCACAAGCCGGAUGUUGAGACGAUGCACCGGUGUGGUGCAGUGUGCCUCAGGGGGGGUUCUUCUCAGCAGAGUCCCUCAGAACGGGGCUGGGAGUGUGUGUACACAGACAGUAUAUUUUACAUGGAUCAUGGCGUUGCGGAACAAUUACUGGCAUUCUAUAAGCAGAUGGGCACUCUUUGCUGUGAAAUAGAUGCCUACGGUGACUUCCUCCAGGCCCUGGGACCUGGGGCCACUCAAGAUUACACACAACACACCGGUAACGUGACAAAAGAGGAAUCCCAGUUGGUGGAAGUGCGGCAGAAGCUGUACUCCCUGCUGAAGGGAACUCCACUUAACAUCAUAGUCUUAAACAACUCCAAGUUCUAUCACAUUGGAACGACGCAAGAGUAUUUGUUUCAUUUUACCUCUGAUAGUGAGCUGAAGUUUGAGCUUGACUUGUUGCCUGUGGCUUUUAGCAGCUUUUCUGAGAGCACUGGGAGCUCAGAUCCCUCAGCAACUGUCAUCCAGAGUGUGCUGGAGCCGGGGUGUUCCGUGGGACCUGGCUCCGUUGUCGAGUACUCCAGAGUCGGCCCUGAAGUCUCCGUAGGGAAGAACAGCAUUAUUAGUGGAUCCCACAUAAAUCUGAAAGUAGACGUUCCUUCCAACUGUUUUCUGAGUUCAUUAAGUAUAAGAAUGAGCGACCAAGUGAAGUACAUAAGUAUGGUGUUUGGUGUAGAAGAUGACUUGAAGAGGAGUGUGAAGUCGCUGUCAGAUCUACACUCACUCCGUUUUUUUGGGGCCAGCCUCCCGGAGUGCUUGGGGCGCUGGGGUGUGCAGGUUUCCGACCAGCUCUUCUCCUCUGGGAGCACACGUCUGGGGCUGUGGACCGCGCGGAUUUUCCCUGUUUGCUCUACUUUAAUUGAAUCAGUUGAAAUGUCAUUAAAAAUGUUAAAUUCUGUGCAGCGCGCGUCAGCUUUUACAUUGAACGGCUUUAAGCUGUUGUCUGUUGAAGAAAUGCUCGCCUGCAAAGAUGUGGAAGACAUGUUGAAGUUUAGGAAGCAAAUUUAUGAUGAAAUCUGUCUACGAAGGGGAAAAGAGAAGUUGGAUUUGUAGAAUGAACUCUACUUGAACCAAUUUCUUUUUUUCAUUUUUGGGUGAUUGAUUGCUUCCCAUCUUGUAAAAAUCAGAAGAAGAAAGUACACAGAGCUUUGCUCUGAUUUCAUUGAAGUAGAAACAAUGACAUUACUUUAACAAUGCUGCUGUAGCGUAACAUUAAUAAUGCAGCAAAUGCAGAUAAACUGUGCUUUUGAUGAAAGAAUGAAGUAUUUCAGAUCUCUGAAAACACUAAUUGGUGACUUUUCUUGGGGUGCAUGUUCUCAUGUUUUGUAGUCUUUGUCAGUAAGAAUAUGAUACAGAAGAAAUUAAUUAGAAAUCUGCCCAAAAACUGCUUGAAAAGUUUUUAAAAGUAGAGCAUUAGCUCCAGCACCGUGGAACGAUACAGUGAUAACUUGUGUUUCUGGAUUUCCAGGCUGCCUUUUUACAGUAGUAUUUCAAAUAGGCUGCUGUUAAGGUAGAUGACAACAAUUUUCUCAUGCAACCAGCUGGGAUAAACUCAUCCCAAGGAAACUGAGAGACUUGUGCAAGGCCACACAGUGAAAUUUAACAGCGAGAUAAUAGUGAUUGUGGGGUUGCUGGUUUCUAGUGUCAGAUUCUGAAAAUGAGACCAUUCUGGCAUCCUGGCCCAUGAUUUUCCCCCAGUCUGAUAGUAAAGGAUGCAACGCUGAGAAUGACAGUCAGGCAAGACCUUCUAGGAGCAAGAGGCAGCCGUUGAAAUCUGGACUUUCAUUUUGGUUAAGGCUUAUUGAGUUUCCCAGAUGGACGCGGUCUUUGUACGGGCUCCUAGAUCAUCGCCUGGCUCCGUCUGCCCUGAAACGCCACUCAGGCUGGUACAGUCUCAAAUAAAGCCAAGAUGAGUGUUUAAUGAUUUUAUUCAUGUCAGCUUACUUUAUUUAAUUAGUUUUGCUGUGUAGUGCAAUAAUAGGGCUCAUAAUGAACAUCAUCUUAAUGAUUUCCCUGAAUGCUUUGAGAGCAUGUUAUAAUGAACAGAGAUUUAGCCAUACUGUAUGUAUCACACUAUGAAAUUUGAGAGAGGGGGAUUAUUUCUGUAACCUUUUAGGCAGGAAAUUGAAAUCUGAGAAAUUGGGCACUUAAAAAGGAACACAAGGGAAGACAGCUGAAAUAAAAAUGAGCAGCUGAAAGAUACCUGUACCAGAAGGAUUUGGGGAACUGACGGAAGAAAACAAGCUCCAACAAUCAGUUGGAUCUGCGUAGAAAUGUUCUCAACUUGGACAGGGAGUUUGUCUGUUCUGGAGCUCAGCGGUUCCAGCCUCUUCCCGUUCCUAAAUCUCUGAGGCAACAGCUUCAUUUUAUCCUCUCUGCACAUGUGGGAAAUUAAUCCCUGUGCAAAUGCCACUCUAGUACUGUGAGAACAAAAAUAGCAAUACUAUUCUUCUUUUAAUCCACUGCCACAGAGAAGCCAUUGUAAACACCUGUUUCCUUAUAUGGGCUACAGAGUUCCUUGUACUUCGUUUUCAUUCAAAUACAUUUUCUUUUAAUGCCCUUUUCAUUUUCUGUGACAUAUCUGAAUGUCACCAGAAUGACAUUGAAAUGUAUAUGAGAAACUUACCGCCUCUCAAAGUAAAUGGUAGAUAUGGAUAUGUUCUAAUUAAUUUGAAAUAAAGAUGACUUCAGAAAACUUAAUCCUGUAAAGCCUCCCUGUGAAGGACAUUUAAAACCAGAAAAGGGAAAAGAAUUUUUCAUGUUUCUCUGGUGAGAUUGGGCAUGACAGCUGCACAUUCCAAACAUAAAACUGCAAUAAAACUUUUUAAAAAUUAAUCAAAGAAAUUUGUACAGCUCAGUAGUUUGUAAACAUUACAUCCGAAGACUUUACUCGCUGAAAAACAUUGCUCUUGACAUUUUAGUGCUGCUUGUACAGAUGUUCAUUAGAACUGGCCUAACACAGCAGUCACUGCAGUUAUUCCUUUCUUCUCUGUUUGCAAACGGUCUGCAAACAGGCUCUGCGAUUAUUAUUAAUUUUUGCCUUUUCUUUUCCCCCGUAGUUUCAAUUAUUCUGCAACUGCCUCUGAUAUGAAUGCUUCAGGAAUUCACCUGCCAGUUGCUUUCAUGAUGAACAAAGCUGUUGUGUCAAUUUCACCGACUGCCGGGAUCCUCCUCCUGUGCUGUAGUUUCUGGUGCUCUUCCCUGCGUGUCCAGACCAAGGAAUCUUCACCCACACAAACGUCUGCAAGGAGUGAAUAAGAACAUGGUAUAGAAGCUGGUGACUUCUUCUCGAUAUAUUUUCAUAAUAUGAAUGGAAGAAGAAAGUUAGUGAAUCGUAUGCUAUAAUCAUAGAACGAUUAGAAGAUGACCUGCAAAUCAAAGAAAAGGAGCUGACAGAACUGAAGCAUGUUUUCAGCUCCGAUGAAGCCUUCUGCAAA